AGUAAAGAUCUGAUCUCUCAGAGUUUCUGCUGCAGAGCAGGAUGGAGGACGUCCUGGAGCCGUACUGCAGGAUGGAGAUGGACGGAGAGAGCAGGACGUCUCGGACAGGUCGUGUUCGUGGUAAACUGAGUCUGAUCUUCUCGGUAUCUGCGGCCGUGGUCGUCUUCAUUCUGUUGGUGAUGACUUUUGUCACAUUUGGGUAUCAGGAGAGGAGGUUUGCUGGGAUGGAGAGCUUCAUGAUCAGUCAUGAUUCCUCUCUGAACUCUGUGAACUCUGAGCUGAAGUUAAAACUGCAGAACACGGGUUCUGAUCUGGAGAAGAUGCUGAGUGAAGUGGGGAAGUCCGUUUCCAGUCUGAGCUCCUAUGUGGACUCGUAUAACUCCAGACUGCAGGACCAGUUCAGCAGUGGAGCUCAGGUGAAGAAGUUAACAGAUCUUCAGACGUUAAUAAAUAACCUCGGCUCCUCCCUCGGAUCCAUCUCUUCUAAACUCGAGACCCAACAGCAGGAAACAGCAGGUCAGCAGAGCAGUCAGUACUCAGAACUGAAGACGCUCCUGAACUCCAUCAAUAAUACAGUAUCAGAUCUAUCAGCCAAACUUCAGCACAACGUGAAGCAGCAGGAUCUGGGUGUAGUUAAAGAUUCUCUGGCUGCUCUGAAUUUCUCUUUGGCGUCUUUUAAAUCUGAACAGCUGAAGCGAAAUCAGGACUCUGGUCAGAGAAUGAUGGACACUCUGAAUGAGAUAAAAGCUAAACUGGAGAGCAUCAAUGAUCCAACAGAGUUGCUGAACAGAAUGAUGACUGAAAUAACAAAACUCUCUACUUCAAUAGAGUCUCUGUCUACUAAACUACAGAGCACAGAUCAAAGAGUAAUGGCUGCUCUAGCUGAAAUGAAGGCCAAGCUGGAGAACAAAAAUGUAACAACUGUAUCCAGCUGUAAAUCUGGUUGGACGUCGUUUGGAUCCAGAUGUUACUUCUUCUCCAGUGAUCAGCUGAACUGGCACCAGGCUCGGGAUUACUGCAGAUCCCAGAAUUCCUUUCUGCUCACAGUGGAAAGUGAUGAAGAACUGGCGUUCAUCAAGACUCGGAUUACAGCGUUUCACUGGGUGGGUCUGACGGAUGAGGUGACGGGACAGUGGAGAUGGGAUGAUGGAACUCCGUACAUCAUGAAUAAAGAUCAGUGGGUUCCAGGACAGCCGGACGACUGGAAGGAUCACGGUCUGGGGGAGGAAGGAGAGGACUGUGGACAUCUGAAACCCGGCGGGAAACUCAACGAUGUUCACUGCUCCACUCGCAUGAGAUACAUCUGCAGCACGUCCACCAAUCACUGAAUUCAUCACAAUUCUUUAUUUACUCCUCGCCAAGUAUUCCACAUAAAGAUAAAAGCAGAAAAUAUACGAUAAGAUAGAAAUACUAACUAAAUCUAAAUAUUAAAUUAGUGUUAAAUUUACAUCCAGGAUGGAAAUAUAUACAAGAAAACAGUAAUGGGGUAUGGAUAUUAUUUACAAGUAAGAACAUGAUAUCUACAGCAGUGAAAUAUGAAAAAAGUGCAAAAAAUUCAGUAGCGCAAUUAUAACAUUUUUGCAGUAAAGUGAGCAUGUGCCUCUGAGAAAUGUUCUUGACAUGUAAACAUGUAGAGAGUAAAGUGCAGGUUAUUUCUGAGGUAGGUUCAGGAGUCUGGUAGCAGUGGGGAAGAACCUGUUCUUUAGCCUGGUGGUUUUGAAUUUCCCACAGUCCUGAGCGAAAACUGGCUCCAAAAUUAAUAUUAUCAAACAUUUAUAUCAUUAUUACUGGUGCAAUGUUUUAACGCAACAUAAUAUCGUCGCUGUCCUAUGAAAAACACUUAUCUCCAUUUUUGUCGAUUUUUAGUUUACUACAUAAUUUAAACAGACAAACUCUCCCUUACCCUGUGCCAAAAUUUAUACAUGAACGGACCAAUAGAAACUCUUCAAAAUGACCUGGAAUAAACUCUAUUUACAUUGACUUUCAUUAAAAGUUUACAAGGUUUUUUCUCUCUCCUGUAAAGUUGCUGUUUUGGAGAUAAGUGUUUUUCGACAACAGCGACGAACUAAUUUUGGCCAAGUUUUUGCUGUGAUUCAAUUUAUACUUUUCUUUAUUAUUUGUUUGCUAUACAGUCUAAUCUUGCAUGCAGCUGUUCAUUAA